AUGAUGCCGAACAAGGAUCGCGCGACGAUCAAGUGCACGCACGCGCCUAAAAUGAACGGUAUCGGUGGCGACGCGCCGUCGAAUUCGCGCCAUCGCGCGAAGUGGGCGCCCGAGCCCGCGCCGAAGGGUUUCUGGAAUCUCGCGUUUACGCCGCCCGAGCGAGACGGGUGA